UUGGCGGCCGCGCCGUUACCUCCCCGCGGUCUCGCGAGAGCCUGGCGCGCGGGGCGGGGGGGGCGGCGGGAGCCCCAGCGCGAGCGGCGCCAGCGCGAGGACCCGGCCCGGCUCCCUCAGGCUGCUGCAGGAUGGGUGACGACAGGCCCUUCGUGUGCGGCGCCCCGGGCUGCGGACAGAGGUUCACAAACGAGGACCACCUGGCGGUUCAUAAACACAAGCACGAGAUGACAUUGAAAUUCGGCCCCGCUCGCACCGACUCCGUCAUCAUCGCAGCAGAUCAGACCCCGACCCCGACGCGGUUCCUGAAGAACUGUGAGGAGGUGGGACUCUUCAACGAGCUGGCCAGCUCCUUCGAGCACGAGUUCAAGAAAGCUGCUGAGGAUGAUGAGAAAAAGAGCUCGGGGGCCCUGGACAUGUCGCUGCCCUCCACCCCGGAGAUCAAGGUCAAGGAGGAGGAGCCGGUGGAGGUGGACUCGUCCCCGCCGGACAGCCCCGCGUCCCGGCCCCGCUCGCCCCCGCACAAGGACAAGGAGGGCCCCUCCAAGCCCGUGAUCCUCUCCACGCCCACGCCCACCAUCGUGCGGCCGGGCUCGCUGCCGCUGCACCUGGGCUACGACCCCCUGCACCCCACGCUGCCGUCCCCCACCUCCGUCAUCACCCAGGCCCCCCCCUCCAACAGACAGCUGGGGUCUCCCAGCGGCUCGCUCCCGCUCGUCGUGCAGCUCGCCAACGGCCAGACCAUGCCCGUGCUGCCCGGUCCCCCCGUGCAGAUGCCUUCUGUCAUUUCGCUGGCCCGGCCCGUGGCCAUGGUGCCCAACAUCCCCGGCAUUCCCGGGCCCCCCAUCAACAGCAGCGGGUCCCUCUCGCCCUCAGGACUCCCGGUGCACUCCGAAGCCAAAAUGAGGCUGAAGGCCAGCCUGGCAGCGUCGUCCUCGCUGAACGGCAGCAGCCUGGUGGUGGGCUCGGCCAGCACCAUGGUGACCGCGCGGCCGGAGCAGAGCCAGGUCCUGGGCCAGCACCCCGACGCCCCCUCCCCAGCCCAGCCACAGGUGUCCCCUGCCCAGCCCACGCCCAGCACGGGCGGGCGGCGGCGGCGGGCGGCGGACGAGGACCCGGACGAGCGGCGGCAGCGCUUCCUGGAGCGGAACCGCGCGGCCGCCUCGCGCUGCCGGCAGAAGCGCAAGCUCUGGGUGUCCUCCCUGGAGAAGAAAGCCGAGGAGCUCACCAGCCAGAACAUCCAGCUGAGCGUGAAACGAGGUGACGCUGCUCAGGAACGAGGUGGCUCAGCUGAAGCAGCUGCUGCUGGCCCACAAGGACUGUCCUGUCACCGCCCUGCAGAAGAAGACCCAGGGAUACCUGGAGAGCCCCAAGGAGAGCUCGGAGCCCUCGGGCUCGCCCGCGCCCGUCAUCCAGCACAGCUCGGGCCCGGCCGCGCCCAACGGGCUCCGCUCGGCCGCCGAGGCCGUGGCCAGCUCGGUGCUGGCGCAGAUGGCCGGGCAAAGGACAGAGCUGGCCGUGCCCGCGGCCCCGCAUGUCAUCAUGGCCCCACAGUCGCAGUCUGCCGGCAGAUGAUGGCCCCGGGCCGGAGCGCCCGCACGGACUGAGCCGGGCCGGGACCUUCCCUUUCCCUUUCGGGGUUUUGUUCCUUUCGUUUUGUCCUGUUCCGAGGUAAGGGCAGCUCUGGCGCUUUCCCCCCGGCGGAGCCCCCGGGCAGGGCGCGUCCCGGGGCUCCGUGCGGCGAACACUAAACUCCGGGCGAGCCCCGGGCGCUGGCCCUGGCCCCCGGGCAGGGGGCUGUGACACUCCGUGCUGUCCCCGUGCUGCUCCCAGGCUUGUCCCCGCUCCCCAAAUCGUUGCACCUUCACCAGGAGCCUCCCGAAGCUCUGAGCUGACGGGGAUCCAGGGCUCCUCCCUGCCCCAGCCCCAGCCGUGGAUUUUGGGAAGCAGGCUUGCUCUGGGUUGUGCCCCAGCGGCUGGGACAAGGGGACAGCGCGGGGCUGGCCAGGGCUGCUCCCGCAUUCCCAGGAAAUGGGGCUGGGGUGCCCACCAGAGCGGGACAGCAGCGGGAGUGCCCGGAGCAGCCGCAGCCCCGGCUCCCCUGGCAAAGCCAGCCCUCAGUCCGCAUCAGCUCCCGCACCUCGGUGACCUCAGUAAAGGUGGCCUUAAAUCACGGAUCGUUGGAGGGAGCCGGGAGCGGGGUCGGGCUUUGAUGACCGAGCCGCCGUCGCUUCCCGGCCGGGGCAGACAAAGGAUCGCCAGCCCUGGGCAGGGUCAGAUCCCACCCUCCGUGCUGAGGAGCUGGGAGGGGUCCCUUGUCCUGCUGGGUGGGCACUGGGCUCUGUCCCCUGUGUCCCUGCAUGGCUCCAGAGCUUCCC